AUGGACUCUAAGAAAGGCCGACAAGAACUAAAUGGAGAGUUUAAGUUGUGGUGCUGUAGACGAAUGGAGAAAGUGAAUCAAGGAAUAUUAGACGCAAUACGCGAAGAGGAAGAUCCUCACGUUAUAGCAGGAUCCUUAAAAUUAUUUUUCAGAGAAUUGAAAGAACCUUUAAUUCCUUUUAAUGCGUUCCACUCAUUCUUAGAAGCCAACGCUAUACCAGAUGAUAAUGAACGAGUAUUGCGACUACGUGAUCUAGUGCAUUGCCUGCCAAUUUGCAAUCGAGAUACGUUACAACAUUUAGUGGCGCACUUGAUACGCGUUACGGAAUGUAGCCAAGCCAACCGGAUGCAUGUGAACAAUUUGUCUAUUGUCUGGGGACCCUCACUUAUGUGGAUACCACCGGCAAGUGUUGCAGAUGAUCAGCCGAACAAUGCGCCUAGAAGUCCGUCUGCGGUGUGUUUUGACUUAGCUAUACACUGCUUUGAACAGAACAGGGUCAUAGAUACAUUAAUCACUAAUCAUGAACAAAUAUUUUUAUAAUCUAGACCUAAGUUCGUUAAAAUUAAUAUAGAAUAGUAUAUAUAAAUAUCUAAGCAUGUGUGCAUGGUGAUAUUUUUCA